GCAAUCUACUGGCGGCGGAGGAGGCGGGGGUUGCGUGGAAGAGCCGGGGAGGGCGGCGGCGGUGCCUGCAGCAGCAGCCGACAGGAGGAGGGCGGCGGAGGAGGAGGCGCAACAUGGGGCGGCGGAGCGGUCGGGACAGCAGCAGACGCCGGGAGAGGGCGAGGUGGAGCGCAUUCGAGCACUGCUGUGCCUGCAGACGGGCAACAACGGAGCCAUCCUGAUCGCUCACCUCCAGGCGCACCUCCUGCCACCCCACCACCACCACCACCGCUGCUGCUGCUGCUGCGACCACUCCGGCGCCCCCAGCGGGUGUGCCACCCCCAGCGAGGCUGCACACUCCGACGCCCCCACUGGCGAGGAAAGCUGCCCCCACUGCCACCUCCCCCACCGCCACCUACCCCACCGCCGCCUCCCCCAGCGCUGCCUGCACCGCGCCGCCUGGGGUGUGCUGGCGGAGGUGUGGGACCGCCUCGUAAGCGCUGCCGUACAGCGGCGUGACUGGGGCGGGCUGGCGGACAGUCUGCAACUCGCCAUGGAGCUGUACACGUACACUGGCACGGGCUCCCGUGUGCCGCUGCUGCAUGCGCUGUGCGGCAACCCCUACCUCUACACGCGCACCGUGUGGGAGGGAGUCUUCGCGACCACGCUGCUCAGCCUGGCGGAGCAGGUGGCGGCGGAGGCGGAGGCGGAGGGGCUGGUGUUGGAUCGGCUGGGGCCGCAUGAGCAGCGCAGCAGUGCUGCUUCUGCGGAGGAGGCUGCGGCAGCGGAUUACGUGGGGGCUGCCGCUGACGGGGGUAGCGGCAGCGGAGGAGGUUGGUCCUCGCGGCUGCUGCUGCCUCCUGCGGAGGCGCGGAGACGGCAAACCAUGCUGCUGAAGCGGCUGGGUUGCUCGCUGGUGGCCCAGGCGGCCUGGCUGGUGCACCUGGGGGUGGCGGAGGAGGCGGCGUGGGAGCUGCUGCAGGGACUGGUGGCGGCGGCGGGCGUGGCGGACCUACCGG